UCAAAUUAUUUAAUAUAGAAAUAUAGAAUAGAAGAAAAAAUCACAUUACCUUUUCAUAUACGCAUAUAAUUUCUCAAAUUCUUUGUGUUUUUAUUGUUAUAAUCACAGUCAUGAACAAAUUUCUAUUAUUUUUCUUCUGUUUUCUUCUAAUUAUACCAUCUCGUGUUCAUGGUGAAUGCACGUGUGAUUCUGAAGAUCUAUCCGACAUAGAUAAAUCUGCAGCUCUAAAGUAUAAACUUGUAGCUAUAGCUUCAAUUCUUGUUGCCGGUGCAAUUGGUGUUUGUCUGCCGAUGCUCGGUAGAAUCAUCUCGGCUUUACGACCGGAAAAUGAUAUUUUCUUUAUAAUCAAGUCAUUCGCGGCUGGUGUAAUUUUAGCAACCGGGUUUGUUCAUAUACUUCCCGAUGCUUUUGAUAAUUUAUCGUUUGCUUGUCUCAACGAAAAACCCUGGGGAAAGUUUCCGUUUUCGGGGUUUAUAGCAAUGGUGUCGGCCAUUGGAACUUUGAUGGUUGAUACUUGCGCUACCUCGUAUUUUGGCAAAUCUAGUAUUAGCAAAGGAUCUGUAGCUGCUGUUACUACUCAUGAAGAUGAAGAGGAUGCUCAUGUUCAUACUCAUGCAACUCAUGGACAUUCUCAUGGUGCAGUUUUGGGAGAUAAUUUUGGUGCAUCUGAGCUCCUUAGACAUCGAGUUAUUUCUCAGGUUUUGGAGUUGGGGAUCGUGGUGCACUCAGUAAUAAUAGGAAUUUCAUUAGGAGCAUCUGAGAGUCCAAAAACAAUAAGGCCGUUGCUUGCUGCAUUGACUUUUCAUCAGUUCUUUGAGGGUAUGGGACUUGGUGGCUGCAUUUUUCAGGAGUUUUUAAUUCAGCAGCAGCUGGGAUUUUAGUGUACAUGGCUUUGGUAGAUCUUCUUGCUGCUGAUUUCAUGAACCCUAAAGUUCAAGCCAGUUCUAAACUUCAACUUGGUGUUAAUAUUUCUCUUCUUCUUGGAGCUGGCUGCAUGUCUCUCUUGGCCAAAUGGGCUUAGUUUUUUUAUUUAUUUAUUUUCUGAUUCAUGUUUAUCAGAUUAUAAAUAAGUUAGUUUGAUUUUUUUCCUUCUUUUGUGUGAAUAUUUUGAACUGAUGUAAACAAGAAAAAUAAACUGCAUGAAUUUUCAAUGAUGGAAUAGAAGAAUCUCUUUUUGGGAUA